AUAUAACGAUCCAAACCAUUAAAUCGAUUCUGAAUGCUAUUAACUUCAUAGUACGGACCUGGAUUACGUCGAAAUCGAAUCGAUAGCUCGAACGGAAGACAAAUCAACGAAAUCAACCGAACGGGUCAAAUCGAGUCAAAAUACGAAAUCGACCAAUCAAUCCGGCGUGGGGGUUAAUCUGCCGGCGAUAUCAACUUGGGGCAGCGGCCGGAUGCGGCGACGGUGACGGUUGCCGGCAACAGUGGCGGAGCGGCAGUUCGACGGCGAUGAGCAGCGACUGGCGGCGCUGCAAUCGACGGCGGGGAAGGACGCCGGCAGAACGACGAGGUGAACCGUCGUCGGCGGCGCUGGGCAGCGACGGCGAUUAUGGUGGUCGCCGGUAGGGGAGGCGACGGACUUCCGGCAAAGGCGAAGCAGCGGCGUCCGGCGUUUGGCGACGUUUUGGCGACGUCCUCCGUUUGGCGUGGCGGCGCUGCACCCGUCGGCGGUGAGCGACGGCGGCUGGAGGCGAAGGAGGCAGCGGCUGGCUUCCGGCGACGACGGUCUGGCUUGCGCGACCGGCUGGGCGGCGACGAUUGGCUGGGCGGCGGCUUCCGGCGGCGAGGUUGGCCGGGAAAGACGAAGAAGAAAGAAGAAGAAGGAGAAGAAGAAGGAGAAGAAGAAGGAAGAAGAAGAAGGAGAAGGAAGAAGAAAAAGGAACGGAUGAAGAAGGAUAAGGUUUGAGUGGUUUAGGUUUAUUUAAUGGUCCCAUUCCAAAAAGGAUUGGGCUUCGGACCCAAAAUACCUGAUUAAAUGGUCAUAACUUGAGUUCCAUAACUCCGAUUCGCGAACCGUCUGAACCAACGCGAUCACAAAAAUAUUUCCUACGAGAUGACAUAAAAGUUGGGCUUAAAAUCCAAAUUAUAAUUUUUACCCCUUAUUGGGCCCAAUUCGUAAUCAAUUGCUCUAACAAUUUAAUUAAUUCUUUUGGGCCAG